ACCGGGUCGGCGGUCGCGCGUUAUGAACCGCGCCGAUGGCGGAUGCGGCGGUGGAUUCGACGACGACGGGCGCGUCGACCGCGGCCGCAGGUACCGGGGCGCUGACGUGGCCCGUCACGGCGUUCUGGAACGCGUGCGGCGUGUUCCUGGCCGACCUGUCGUACAACCGGUUCAGCCCGUGGUUCUCGGCCGUGCUGCUGGCCUCCGGCGUGCUGAACAUCGUCAUCACGCCGUGGAGCUUGUGCGCGCUGGACGGCUGGUGCGAGGACGUCAUGUCCACCACGUACCGGCAGCUGUACACCCGAUUGGUGGCGUUCACCAGUCUCAUGUCGCGCGCGUCCAUCAUGUACAAGGUGUACCGACACAUGGCCGAGUACCGGUGGCGGCAGGAGGGUUACGAGCGUAAAUGGCCACUGUCCGGCGUGUGCUGGCGCCAAAACCUCGCGUACGCAACGUUCGUCGUCACCACGUGUCUGAUGCUCAUGAUACCCAUCAACAUGCUACGGUUGUACCUGUUCUACAUGUACGAGGUGAACAAUGACAACAUGCUGCUGUUGUUCUUCUUCAACAUGUACCUGCAGAACUGGAGCAUGUGCUGCAUGGAGACACACUUUGCACUGCUGUGCUUCAGGGUGUACCUGCACUUGCGGAGCAUCAACGACGAGCUGCUGGCCGUCCGCACGGACAUCAUGGUCAGCAACAGGUAUCCGGUUGCACUCCGUUCGAUGCGGCCAUCCGCGAUGUCCCGGUGCCGGCGGUCGUGGCGUCGUCGCCGUUUCGCCGCCGACGAGGACCACUACCAUCACCGCCGCCAUCAGCACCACGACUACCAUCACCAACACCACCGGGCAGGUGGUGACGACCACUGCGAUGUUGGCGGCCGCCGUGGUGGUGAACCGGUCGCUAACAGCGUCAAACGCGGCGCGGUCGCCAACCUGUCGUUUCUGCAGGACCCUCUGGGCUGUCCGCUGGAGACCACCAUCGAGAUGCUCAGAGUUAGGCACGGACUGAUGCGCGAGUCCAUCGACUAUUUGAACAACAUAUUCGGCUGCCAGCUCACGCUGUCACUGGUCGCCCUGUGCGUGAUGAUGCUGUUCGACAUCUACAACGAAGCUUUCCACGCGGGUGGCAGUACGGGCGGCAUCGGCUCGCCGUCCAGGUUCAUAUAUUUCUGGGUGCUACAGUACAUGUUCAGGUUCUUCGUUAUCAUCAUGACCGCACAUAGCACCACCCAAGAGGGUUAUAAAAGUAAGACACUUGUGACAGAAAUAAAUAACCGGUAUCUGAACAGCAACACAAAAUAUGAGUUACAGCUGUUUUUGAAGCAAAUGAAUCAUCACUCCAUUGACAUAACUGCGUGUGACUGUUUUACAUUAAACAGUCACCUCGUAGCUUCGGCCAUCGCUGUUGGAACCACAUAUCUCUUUGUUUUAAUACAAUUUCAUGAAGAUAUCUCCUAAUCCGCAGGAAAUAAAAAGUUACCAAUAAUGUUUAAUACACAUUGUUUGUGAUAAGCUAAGCUUGUGAUAAGCUUAUUUGUAACAAACAUAAUGCAUUGAAGUCUUGGGAUAACUAUAUGGACUUUUAAUUAUCCUAUUAAUAAAGUACUUUUCAACUCUGCAUGCAUUAAAGCUUCUACUGCAUUA